UGCUGCUCGUCUGGCUGACUGGCUGCGUUGACGUCAGCGCCGUGUUGAUUUGCUAAGGCGAGAGAAGAAAGGAGUUAGUGCGUGUUGAGAGAGCGGGUACUGCGAACUGCCUUACUAUGCUGUAGCCCCAUUCCCCCUUUACACUAUACGGAAUCAAAACGCGUGCAACUUAGGUUUUGUCUUGUUUACAAAAAUCGCUAAAACACUGCUGAGCGGGGAAGGCAAGCCUCAUGAGUCGGCCUCGUGGAUCACAUCGACAUAAUGGAUUUAACUAAAAUGGGUAUGAUACAGCUCCAGAACCCCAACCACCCCACCGCCCUCUUGCAGAAGGCCAACCAGAUGCGUCUGGCUGGGACUCUGUGUGACGUGGUCAUCAUGGUUGACAGCCAGGAGUUCCAUGCACAUCGGACUGUGCUAGCCUGCACCAGCAAAAUGUUUGAGAUCCUCUUCCACCGCAGCAGCCAGCAUUACACCCUGGACUUUCUUUCACCAAAGACCUUCCAGCAGAUUUUGGAGUAUGCUUACACUGCCACGCUCCAGGCCAAGGUGGAGGAUUUAGAUGACCUGCUAUAUGCAGCAGAGAUCCUGGAAAUUGAAUAUUUGGAAGAGCAAUGCCUCAAGAUUCUGGAAACCAUCCAGUCAUCUGAUGAAAAUGAUGUGGAGGUCAGUGUCAAUGAUGGGAGCACAGAGGAGGAGGACGAUCGCAAAGGCCACAAUGGAGCCAAGAACUCCAAAAAGCAUUCCAUGGAGAGUCCUUAUCCGUCAGCUACCCAACAGGUCUCCACCAUGGCUGGUAUGGUGGACCAGAGCCCCUCAGUCUCCACCUCUUUUGGUGUCUCCACUCUGAGUCCUACCAAAGCUGCUGUGGACAGCCUGAUGAGCAUUGGCCAGUCCCUGCUUCAGCAGGGCUUUGGCGGUGAACACCUUGCUCAUGGUAACUCACACCACCUCAUGACUGAGAUCAAGACAGAAAUGAUGCAAGUGGACAUGGGUGGCAAUGGCCAUGAAAGCCCUCAAAACAUGGAGUCCAGCGCCUCCAGCAAUGGAGAGCGAAGCAGUGAGGACAGGAAUCGAGAUGGUCCUGGAACACCAACCAGAAGCAGUGUGAUCACCAGUGCCCGUGAGCUGCAUUAUGUCCGUGAUGAUGGCAUGGGUGUUCCACCGGGAGACAUCAGCCAGAUGGGGCUUGAAGCUAUGGCUGGAAUGACAGAGAAACACCUGGCUUCACUAUACUCCCUGCCAGUCAAUCACAAGUCAGAGACCAUCAUGUCUAUGCCAGCGUCCAUGGCCUCUGCUUUGCCCAUGUCCCCAGCCCUGGCUAUGUCAAUGGACUUCAGUGCAUAUGGGGGACUCCUGCCCCAGAGCUUCAUCCAGAGAGAGUUCUUCAACAAACUAGGGGAGCUGGCGGUGGGGAUGAAACCAGACGGCAGGAACCAGCAUGAACGGUGCAAUGUUUGUGGUGCAGAACUACCAGAUAAUGAAGCUGUGGAGCAGCACAGGAAGAUGCACAGCGGGAUGAAAACCUAUGGAUGUGAGCUGUGUGGAAAGAGCUUCCUGGACAGUCUCCGUCUUCGGAUGCAUUUGCUGUCACAUUCAGCUGGUGAGAAGGCCAUAGUGUGUGACCAAUGUGGCGCCCAGUUUCAGACGGAGGAAUCCCUGGAGGCUCACCGGCAGAUCCACACUGGCUCUGACAUGGCCAUCUUCUGCCUGCUCUGUGGGAAGCGUUUCCAGACCCAGACGGCGCUGCAGCAGCACAUGGAAGUCCACGCUGGCGUCCGCAGCUACAUCUGCAGUGAAUGCAACCGGACCUUCCCCAGUCAUACGUCACUCAAACGUCACCUACGCUCACACACAGCAGGGGACCAUCCAUUCGAGUGUGAGUUCUGUGGGAGCUGCUUCCGAGAUGAGAGCACCCUGAAGGGCCACAAACGCAUCCACACCGGGGAAAAGCCCUAUGAAUGUAACGGCUGUGGGAAGAAGUUCAGCCUCAAGCACCAGCUGGAAACCCACUACCGUGUGCACACAGGUGAGAAGCCAUUCGAGUGCAAGCUGUGCCACCAGCGAUCCAGGGACUACUCUGCCAUGAUCAAGCACCUGCGCACCCACAACGGCGCCUCGCCCUACCAAUGCACCAUCUGCCUGGAGUACUGCCCCAGCCUGUCAGCCAUGCAGAAGCACAUGAAAGGCCACAAGCCCGAAGACAUCCCACCAGACUGGCGUAUAGAGAAGACCUACCUGUACCUCUGCUACGUCUGAGAGCAGAAGAGUGAAAAGAAGGGGUGGGGGAGGGGGUCGUGUCAGGUUAGGGACAGAAUAGAGAGGUGAAGAGAUGUCAUAAGAGGAGAUAGGAGGAGAUGUGGUGGAGUAUUGAUGAGGUGAGCAGGCGAGAGAAGUUGAACAACUGAGGAAUGUCAACAACAAGAGACUUGAAAGCAAGAUGGUUUGUUUUCCCUUUUUCUUUUCGUGCAAAAGCAGUGGUAACGGUGGAGGGGUGGGGGGUGGGAUUAAGCAGAGGAAGACUUGGACAGUGGAGAGAUACUCCACCAUUGUUCGGAUUCAUCGGGUCAUUCACUACAUCGGCAACUGUGUUAUUUCAUGUCAUUUCAUGCAGCACUAGAAAGCGAGCAAAGCUGCAAGGAAGUGAUUUUUUCAGAUGCUGCUGCUGCCACCGGUGGUGAGGACGCAGAUUCUCUAGGGCUAUCAGAACCAUCCGGAACUGAAUCCCUCACUGCAUCAUGGCAGAGUUCCUGUUCUAUCCAAGAACACUUCUUAUUUAGGUGUCUGAUCAGUUACAGUUAAAUAACAUGGAAAUAAAGCUUCAAUUUAGUUCUAAAGUUUGGAAGUUUUGGCAUUUGGAACCCAACCUUCCUCUUCAUACAGCCUCUAACUGCUGUGUUUCUAUACUGCGUCCAGUAGUUAUGAACCAUGACAAUAUGGAAGAUCCUACAAAGGGGACGAUAGCCAAUGUUUUUCAAUACUGAGAUUGCAAGCCACCUGGUCACUUGUUCAAGUUUGGAUUAAGACUACUUUGUCCUCAUCAUCCCAGACAGGAUUUGUAUCUGUUUUGUCACCUUCCAUCGCUUCUGCCCACCUGUUCAUACCUAUUUAGAUCCCGGUGGUCAUGGUGUGAUAGCCCCUGAGAAUCAGCAGCUGAUAGACGUAUGCAGUAGACGAAACAGAAAUGGAUGGACGGGAGCUCUAUAAAACUGCAAACCAAGCACCUGUUUGGUUGUGAUGGUGGAAGAGAUGCAAGCGCUGCUGUGUUUGUCGGAUGUCUCCCUGGUUUUCAUAGUCGUCUUCCCCGGUUCUGCCUCUCCGUCAUAUUAAGGGCUGGAGGUCAAGUCACCAAUGGCCACCCUGCGGUUCUCCCCAGAGAACCAAAGGCUUACAGAACUUCUGUUAUUUCAUUUUAUAUAUAUUUUUUAGCUCUGCAUCGUAGGUUAUCAUGGCUUGAUUGCACAGGUUAUACAAAUUACGACAACAGUCUCUGUUUGAUAUCUACAAGGUAUAUAUUUUCAUUAAAUCAUAAUUCACUAUUACAGUAUGCCACAUUAAACCCAGCCUAUUCACGUUUUCAGCAAUAGAUAACCGGACCGCUAUUAUCAUGUACAUUAGCUAGAUCAUUAUCUGACACUAAUGAUGAGCUACACAAACUGACACACGCUUUAAUUGCAACAGUUCUGUCCAUUCAGCACAGUAAUGGAAACAAUGUGGUCGAGGCUGUUUUCUGUGGUAGCUCUGCAACUUUGACUGCUGGGUGGGAGUGGGAGUGGGAGAGGAGGGUGGAUGUUGAAGUGUUUGGCAUGCCUUAGCUGCACACCUUCAUGCUCUGUCACAGGUAGUGACACAGGUUGUAGACUGUUAUAUGGCAUUAAAAAAAUGAAUGUGAAAGACUGUAAGUCAGGUUCAUACUCAGGCCGUAUUUAACUUUAGAGAUGAUCAAAUGCUGCCUUUCUUACAAGGUCACAAAUUUAAAAUCCCCAACAGAAUGACUCCAGCUUAUUCACUGGCUGUAUUCUGGUCUCAAAUCACAUCAAAUUCGAUGUGAUACUGAGUUUGUAACAUCAGCAAAUACUUCCCAUAUGUGCAUAUGGAGGACUGGGCCAAAAACGUUCGUCCAUAUUAGUAAUUAUCAUGACGACAACACAUGGCAAAAACACAGUUAUAUAAUGAUGAAGAAACACUGAAACAAUUAGUAUUUGAGCUGACAGUGUCCUAUGUAGAACUUUAAAGUUCUUACACCGUGCAUGAACCUGUGUCUUUAUGCCUGAACUAAACAUAUUCAAUCAUAGAACACCUGGCUCUGGCACCAUUAUUUUUUCUAUUUCUACAUUUCUAUAUGUACACUUUUUUUUUCUGUUUCAUUUUAUAGGGUGUGAAAGAAUUUUGAAAUUACUGGUGUACAUUAGCUAACAUGCUCAAAACCUUUGUGAUGCUAUUUGAGUUAAUAAGCAAGUACACUGAAAAAAAAAACAUUUUCAUUUGCACACACACCUUAAUGCUACCCAAAUAAUAUUAUAAUUGACACAAGAAUUUGCGUAACAAAUGGUCAUAUGAGAUUUUUGCAGUUUAUGUUUCUUAUGAUCAUACUGCUGAGGCAAAUGUGGCAAGGCUGCCUUUUUAAGUUUGAAUAUAUGCAUCUUGACAAGUUUCCAUAAGGACUGCCUGCCGCUGAUUUAAAAAGAAAUAAAAACAUAUAUAUCAUCAGAGAAAGGCAGCAUUUGACCUGUUAAGGCUUACAGAACAGGCCGUGUAUCACAUCACA